CACGUCGGAGCGGUCGGGUCGGAGCUUUCCGGAGGCCAGCCAAGAAGGCGAAGGCUCUGUUUUGAAAAUGGCUGGAGUGAGUGAGUGUUUUAAUAUUGGAAGUGUCGUCGCCUGUAAAACUUGCUAUGAAAAAGAGAUCGAAGGAGAAGUCCUUGCAUUCGAUCCACAGACCAAAAUGCUGAUUUUGAAAUGCCCUGCCUCAAGUGGUCGACCAUCUCGCAAUGAUGUGCAUAUGGUAAAUCUAUCAAUGGUCAGUGAUGUCCAGGUCAAAAGAGAAGCAACUGCUCCACUGGAACCUCCUCAAUCUUUGAAUCUUCAAAGGCUAAACACCCGAGUACGAAAUCAAAUAGAAGAAAAAAAGAGGCUGGUCACAGCCCUUGCAGCUGGCGUAUCACCUGAAGGACAAAAAUUAUUCCUCACAAUAACUAAGACUAUUAAUGAAGCCACAUGGCAAGGGCCAAAUAUUGUUGUUUGGAACACUGUGACCAUUUCACCACCAUACACAGCAGAAAAUGUGAAAGGUGCCACAGAUAGUAAGGCUUAUUUGCACAUUCGGAAAGUGGUGGAGAAACACACAAAAGAUAUGGCAGCAGCAGAAGCCUCAUCACGAUUGAGCGGAGCUUCAUCCCCAAUUGCACAGCAACAGACUUCAUCCUCACCUGGUCCUGUCACAUCCACACAGCCUACUCUUCAGCAGCAAGCUGCCACCAACUAGCAGUGAUGUGGCACAGACAUGUAUUCAAAAAGCAAGUCAUUUCCAUUCAUACAAAGUUGUCCUGAAUUCAGGGAGAUGUCUCAGCACUGGGAUAAAUAGACUUCUUUGUGUGACUUUUCAUUUGGAAAAAUGGUCUGUGUACCUACUCAUUAGUAAAAUGUUUGGGUGAAUGCCCUGCCCACACUGACUGUACUUGGAAAUCUCCCACUCAUGUGAUUUAGUUUAUUCCGGGCCCAUGUUGAGCAAUAGUGGCAAUUGUAAUUCCAAAAUCAUAGGAUAUCUUAGAUAGAAUUGUGUUGUCAUCUCUGAUACACUGUUGUGGUUAAUUUGAUUGUUACCACAGGUUUAUAAGCAGAAGGUGGAAAUCGUAAUUCAUGUCUGUUCUGAGCACAUGUGAUCUGCAUGUUAGCUUUAUUUCUAUGGCUUCCAAGGGUGGUAAAGCCUUGUCAAUGAAGUGUUGCAGAUUUUUCUUUUCUUUUCUUUUUUUUGUUGUUAUUGUUGAGGAAUAAUGUAUAUGUGUGCAAGGCACUUGUGCAUAUGAAAAUUGUUGUUUAUUGAAGUAAGCAACUGUAACCAAUAAAAUUUCAUUACAAGCCA